AUGGAACACCGCGUCGGCGCCGUCGUGACGAGGCUCUGUCUGACACACCGCUGGUCAGCCGGUUGGUGGUGGAACGUCGCAUCGGCAUCGUCUAGACGAGGCUCCGCCUGGUACGCCGUUGAUCAGCCGGUGGGAUGGAUCUCCGAAUUGGCACCGUCGACACGCGCCCAUCUGGUGCACCGUAGGAGACCGCAGGCUUGCGGCAAUGCCGUAAGCCAUUGGCAAAUUCGAGUCGUUCUUCCACUGCCAAAAAAACUCGUGGCCCACAGUGGAGUUCGGCCGCGCCGGCACAUCAAGCAGCCCCUAUUCAGGGGUCAGGGCACUGCUUCCUUCGGGGGGGCCUGGAAAAGCUGGCCUAAAAAUUGCUGGGGAACCACGUCGUCUGCUGGCGCACCGUGGUCGCAGACGCAAAACUCACGGUCGAAACAAUCAAACCCGAAACAACAACAACAACCAUACUCAUUCUCCUCAUCCUACCUCUUCUACCUCUACCUCCGUCUAUUCUUCUGCCUAUUCUUCUCCUUCGUCAUCUUCUUCUCCACCUCCUUCCCAUCGCCCCACUCGUUUUCCCCAGACUGGCAGGGUGAGCCCGCUCACUCUGGCAGCCUGGAAUGUUCGUUCCCUUUUAGACAAUCCGAGGAGCAACCGUCCGGAACGGAGGACGGCGCUAGUGGCACGAGAACUGGCGCGCUACAAGGUGGACAUCGCCGCACUCAGCGAGACCCGAUUCUCCGAACAAGGCCAACUGGAGGAGGUGGGUGCCGGUUACACCUUCUUCUGGAGUGGCCGACCCAGGGCAGAGCGACGAGACGCGGGCGUCGCCUUCGCCAUCCGGACCGACAUCGUGGGACGACUGCCCUGUUUGCCGCAGGGCAUCAACGAUCGCCUGAUGAGCCUCCGCCUGCCUCUCUGGGGAGGCAAAUUCGCCACCAUCAUCAGCGCCUACGCUCCGACGAUGACCAACCCCGACGCCGUCAGAGACAAAUUCUACGAGGACCUGCACGCCCUCUUGGCGACUGUGUCGAAGGCGGACAAGUUGAUUGUCCUUGGUGACUUCAACGCCCGCGUCGGCACAGACCAUACUGCCUGGAGGGGAGUGCUGGGUCCUCACGGUCUCCGCGGCUCCAACGACAACGGCCUGCUUNUAGAAGGCAGAAAUAAGCGCACAGUCACGUGGGCUAAGUCAAGACCUGGGAGUGGCUGGCACAGAGGUGUGAGUACGGCAUCGAGGAUUUAGCCGUCCUCCAACCCAGUUCCCCUCGAUUUCUCCCUUCCCGGUUUCAUCACCUACAACAGAGCAAGAAGACUGAAAGUUUCGACAGGGCCUCCCAGCCCCUGGGGAACGGACGGUGAGAGUUUCGAAGAGCCGGCUUUUCCCGUUCGUAUGUUUUGAAGUGCAAGUGUGCAAAGUUACCGACAACGAUUUCGCGACCUGUCCGCGCAGCAAACUAAACUGGUCAUUCGCCGACAUCUCAGCCCCCCUCCCCCCCCCCCUCUUCGUCUAUGGCAUUUGGCGAAUAGUUCUUCGCAGCCAUACGACGUCUGAGGGGCCGUACGUGCACAUCCUUGCGGCGCCAAGCGUUGGCAAAGGUUUCACAGUAAUUCCCCUGCGGCCAGAUGUGACACAAGCACUAGCACACAUGCACGCACUCGGACAGGCACAGAUGCAUGGAGAUAGACCCUGUCGGUAACGGUUUUCCCCGCAUCCUCGUUUCCUUCAUGAAUCAUCGUGCCACGUGCCCUGGAAAAGUUUGCAAAUCUAUGCUGUGGCGAUUAAGGUUUCCGAUGCUGACGGACCUCUUUGACAAUUUGCGGGACGAACUACUUAAUCGCUUUUGAGCUCUCCGCGAGCAAACGCUGUACGUGUAUGCGUACACUAAACGCAGGAGCAAAAGUUGGUCUAUCCUGACUCGGAAAUGGUCUUGUAUCGUAAGGCAUGAGCGUUUAUUACCACUCAUGUCAAGCUUUGUUCCGGACAAGCCAGAAUCGAAUUUGACCAGUCGAACGGAAAGCCCGCAAAGGAACCUUAAAAUGGGGACAAGUGGCAGUAGGAUCCCGGUAUAAAGGGACUCUUAUAUUGAACAAAACAGCUAAAUAUGGGCAGGUUAGACAACGAUCUGUCCGAGGCAUAUAAUGAAAAUAUGGCUGACAUUAAACCAGCACACUGAUUCCGCACAUUACUGGCUCUAACUAGGAAAGAAGAUUAUGUCACGCGCAUGCCGUUCUUAUGGCUCCUUCCACAGACAGCAGCUAGAUAUUCAAAAGGCAACUUCUUCAAGCAAUAUCCUAUGCUCGAGGAAACUUUUAAAAGAUUCGUUGCUACCCGCCUUUAUGCAGAGCAGCCUAUGGUCUAAGGCAACUCAGUUAGCUUCAGUCUUGCCACGGCUUACCGAAAUAUCUGGGGCGUUGUGACGCGUCCACAGGGACUCAACGAAUCAAUAUCUUUAUCGCCUUGUUGCCUGAAUGCGACUGCCAAGAGUUAUUAGAUACAAAAUUAUGCAUAUAUGGGAGGGGGGAAGGCGAGAGAAGUUAUAGUUCAUACAUUGUAUUUUAUGCUGCCAAUUAUUGCUUAGUAUCGAGUACCCUAGACCAACCGAGUAGAAUGUAAAGCCAGCUUGCAUCACGAUUAAGCACUAACACGGGCAGCAUUUGUGCGUAGCUGCUGCUCUAGGCUUGAAACCCUAUAGCUCAUGUUGCCACAACCCUUUCACCUAAAGACCGGAUGGGCAAUAACACAGUGCGAAACCUAUGCAACAUGGGAAUAUCCAUAUGCCCUCUAAUAGGAAGCACAAAAAUAGCAAAUCUAACGGUCGGAUAUGUUCCUCGAUAAACCGUGGUUAUGAAUUCGCUAGAUGCGCUGUUUUCAGCGAGUACACCUGUGCGUGCGUCUGUGCUCGAACACAGGCAUACAAAUGCAUCUAUGCCCUAAAGGUGGACAGAAAUAAAUCUGCAACCUCAUUCAAGUUGUGCGCAGUUUCGUAGGUAACGUGACCUGAAGGCCUAAGGCCUAAUUGAAAAAAAGAGAGAGCACUGAACUGCUGACUGUGUCAUAGGACGAGAACGGUUCAUAAUACGCAGUCACCAAGGGCUGCGGUCACGAAUAUGCGAAGCACGCAGACAUGUCCUUUGUCUCUGUAAGAGUGAAAACACAGGAAUGUAAAAUUUAGCACGCCUAAGGCGAGUAGACAAUUUUUACUUGCAUAUUCAGUAGUCCGAGAUAAGUAAAUUCAGGAGACUAAUUGAGAACGCGUAAAGGGGUGAUCAGCCGCGCACACGAAGUCGGACAAACUGCAGUGUCUGCUGUUGCUAUUGGCCAUAGCGGAAGUCAGGACAACGCCAACUAUGCCGGUCCGAUCAGACGCAUGACUGCGGUUAUGGCGAUCACUUGUAAACAAUACACGGACGGUCCUCAUCAAGCGUACCGAUUAAGUUGGUGAAUACUUCUACCUCGCCCCUAGGUGGCUCCUUUGGGCACCACGAAGCCAUCCUCAACGCGGCGGUCGCACACUAUGAGUGUCUCUGACCGGCAACCUAAGACAGAUGGGGGUUGUGACGUGUGUGUAUAUCUAUACGCCGGAGUUCGUUCACCUAUCCACAUCUGCCUUCCCCAUACCCACACAUACGGAGAGGACGAUAUGUAAGACGGUAGGCGACUCAAGCUAAUUCGAAUCGCCUCCCAUCACAUCAAAGUAGCGAUAGACAGUGACAACCGCCUAAGAUGAUUUAUUAGUUCUAAAAGUGCUGGUAAAGAACGCCGACGGCAGCUGAACGUAGCUUGUGCGCCUCAGCAUAGGCUGCUAAAAUGAAGCUGGGGCAACCUCAAGUGUUUGCUCGCCUUUAGGCAAUUCGAUGGACUACCGACCCGAAAGAAGGGCAACUCCGGUCAUCCAAGAACUGACUCGUCACGAGGCGAGCAUUCCGAAUCCCGGUGAGUCCCGCUUCAUCAAGUAA